GUCAAGUAAACGUCACGCACGUCAUCGCGCUGUAUGGCGGCUGUAUCGGACGCCGAUUUUAAUGUCAUAAUAAAAUGGCAGCAGGGCCAAUUGCAGAAAGAAAUCAAGAUGCAACGAUAUACGUUGGAGGACUCGAUGAUAGAGUCUCGGAGAGCUUGCUGUGGGAGCUCUUCGUCCAGUCAGGGCCCGUUGUGAAUGUGCACAUGCCCAAAGACCGCGUCACACAGACACAUCAAGGAUAUGGCUUUGUGGAGUUUAUGGGGGAGGAAGAUGCUGAUUAUGCUAUUAAGGUUAUGAACAUGAUAAAACUCUAUGGCAAGCCAGUCAGAGUAAAUAAAGCGUCGGCACAUCAGAAGAACCUUGAUGUGGGUGCCAAUGUGUUCAUCGGUAACUUAGACCCGGAGGUGGAUGAGAAAUUGCUCUACGACACCUUCUCUGCUUUUGGAGUCAUUUUACAAACGCCAAAGGUGAUGCGCGACCCAGAGACGGGUAAUUCAAAAGCGUUCGCGUUCAUAAACUUCGCGUCGUUCGAGGCCUCCGACGCGGCUAUAGAGGCCAUGAACAACCAAUAUCUCUGCAACAGACCUAUAUCUGUGUCGUACGCGUUCAAGAAAGACGUCAAAGGCGAGAGGCACGGCUCGGCCGCUGAGAGAUUACUCGCGGCCCAGAACCCGCUGUCGCACGCCGACCGGCCGCACCAGCUGUUCGCGGACGCGCCGCCCACGCUGCUGGGCCCCGUGCUCAUGGCGCCGCCGCCGCCGCCGUCGCCGCUGCCGCCGCCCGGGCCGCCGCUGCAGCGCCCGCCGCCGCCGCUGCCGAUGGCCGCGCCGCCGCCGCCGCCGAUGGCACCUCCAGGUCCGCCGCCGCCGCCGGGCCCGCCGCCGUUCCACCACUUCCCGCCGCCGCCGUUCGGGCCGCCGGGCUUCGGCCCCCCGCCGCCCGGCGCGCGCCCGCCGCCGUGGCGCCCGCCGCCGCCGUCGUUCCGCGCGCAGUUCCCCCCGCGCGGCCCGCCGCCCUUCCCGCACUUCCCGCACCACCCCCCCGAGCCUAACUAUAAUUAUUAGUCAAUAAAUUUUGUAUUGUAA